ACUAUAGCCUAGAAAUGUGGGAUCUAAGAUAUUUUUGUCAUAUAGUACUCUCUCUCCAUAUCCUUCAACUACAGUGAAGACAAUAAAGUGAUGAUGUAAAUGUGUAUUUAUUGACAUGGGAAGUGUUUAUAUUGUUCAAUGAAAAAAGCGUAGGACAUAGGGCAAUAGAGUAUAAUUUGAGAGAAUACCAGUAAAAUGUUAGCAGUGGGUAUCGUUAGGUGGUAGGAUUAUGGACCUUAAAAUUUUUUUUUCCUUUUGUUUUCUGCUGUCUGCAUUUCCUAAAUUUUUAAACAAUAAAUGUAUAUAGUACACAUUUGUUUGUUUAAUUAAAACAGAAUGUAUGUUUCCAACUUCAAAGGACUGAGUAGCAGGGUCAGGGGUCUGGGGACCAUGGUUUCAAGGAACAUGUAGGUCAAUUGACAUAAGAAAGUUUAUGAAGAAAAUGUUCUGCAUCCCACUUUGGUGAGUGGUGUCUGGGGUCUUAAAAGCUAGUGAGUGGCCAUCUAAGAUGCAUCAAUUCGUCCUAACCCACCUGGAGCAAAGGAUAAUGAAGAACACCAAAGACACAAGGAAAAUAUUAGCCCAAAUGACAGAAAGGGCCACAUAAACCAGAGACUCCAUCAGCCUGAGACCAGAAGAACUAGAUGGUGCCCAGCUAUCACCAUUGACUGUCCUGACAAGGAACACAACAGAGAGUCCCUGACAGAGCAGGAGAAAAGUGGGGUGCAGAACUCAAAUCCUAGUAAAAAGACCAGAUGUAAUGGUGUGACUGAGACAAGACUGGAGGGACCCCAGAAGAUAUGGCCCCUGCACUCUCUGUUAGCCCAAAACUGAAACCAGUCCCGAAGCCAACUCUUCAGACAAAGAUUAGACUGGACUAUAAGACAUAAGGUUUUCACUGGCUAAUGCUUUUCAGAAGUAGACUGCCAGGUCCUUCUUCCUAGUCUGUCUUAGUCUGGAAGCUCAGCUGAAACCUGUCCUCCAUGGGUAACCCUGCUGAUAUCUGAAUACUGGUGGCAUAGCUUCCAGCAUCACAGCAAAACACAAGCCCCCACAGUACGACAAACUGACAGACACGUGGGGGCAUUAGCCAGUGAAAACCUUAUGAAUAGCAGCGGAACAUUGUCUGAUAUAGUGCUGGAAGAUGAGUCCCCCAGGUUGGAAGGCACUCAAAAGAUGACUGGGGAAGAGCUGCCUCCUCAAAGUAGAGUUGACCUUAAUGACGUGGAUGGAGUAAAGCUUUCGGGACCUUCGUUUGCUGAUGUGGCACGACUCAAAAUGAGAAGAAAUAGCUGCAAACGUCCAUUAAUAAUUGGAACCUGGAAUGUACGAAGUAUGAAUCUAGGAAAAUUGGAAAUCGUCAAAAAUGAAAUGGAACGCAUAAACAUCGAUAUCCUAGGCAUUAGUGAGCUGAAAUGGACUGGUAUUGGCCAUUUUGAAUUGGACAAUCAUUUAGUCUACUAUGCUGGGAAUGACAACUCGAAGAGGAAUGGUGUUGCAUUCAUCAUCAAAAAGAACAUUUCAAGAUCUAUCCUGAAGUACAAUGCUGAGAGUGAUAGGAUAACGUCCAUACGCCUACAAGGAAGACCAGUUAAUAAGACUAUUAUUCAGAUUUACCCACCAACCACUAGGGCCAAAAAUGAAGAAAUAGAAGAUUUUUAUCAGCUGCUGCAGUCUGAAAUUGAUCAAACAUGCAAUCAAGAUGCAUUGAUAAUUACUGGCGAUUGGAAUGCAAAAGUUGGAAACAAAGAAGAAGGAUCGGUAACUGGAAAAUACGGCCUUGGUGAUAGAAACAAUGCCGGAGAUCGAAAGAUAGAAUUUUGCAAGACCAACGACUUUUUCAUUGCAAAUACCUUCUUUCACCAACAUAAACGGCGACUGUACACAUGGACCUCGCCAGAUGGAACACACAGAAAUCAAAUUGACUACAUCUGUGGAAAGAAACGAUGGAAAAGCUCAGUAUCAUCAGUCAGAACAAGGCCAGGGGCCGACUGUGGAACAGACCAUCAAUUGCUCAUAUUCAAGUUCAAGCUGAAACUGAAGAAAAUCAGAGCAAGUCCAUGAGAGCCAAAAUAUGGCCUUGAAUAUAUCCCACCUGAAUUUAGAGACCAUCUCAAGAAUAGAUUUGACACAUUGAACACUAAUGACCAAAGACCAGACGAGUUGUGGAAUGAUAUCAAGGACAUCAUACAGGAAGAAAGCAAGUGGUCACUGAAAAGACAGGAAAGAAGGAAAAGACCAAGAUGGAUAUCAGAGGAGACUCUGAAACUUGCUCUUGAGCAUCGAGCAGCUAAAGCAAAAGGAAGAAUCGAUGAAGUAAAAGAACUGAACAGAAGAUUUCAAAGGGCCUCUUGAGAAGACAAAGUAAAGUAUUACAAUGACAUGUGCAAAGAGCUGGAGAUGGAAAACCAAAAAGGAAGAACAUGCUCGGCGUUUCUCAAGCUGAAAGAACUGAAGAAAAAAUUCAAGCCUCGAGUUGCAAUAGUGAAGGAUUCUAUGGGGAAAAUAGUAAACAACGCAGGAAGCAUCAAAAGAAGAUGGAAGGAAUACAGAGUCAUUAUACCAAAAAAAAAAAAUUAGUCGAUAUUCAACCAUUUCAAGAGGUGGGAUGUGAUCAGGAACCGAUGGUACUGAAGGAAGAAGUCCAAGCUGCUCUGAAGGCACUGGUGAAAAACAAGGCUCCAGGAAUUGAUGGAAUAUCAAUUGAGAUGUUUCAACAAACAAAUGCAGUGCUGGAGGGGCUCGCUCAUCUAUGCCAAGAAAUAUGGAAGACAGCUUCCUGGCCAACUGAUUGGAAGAGAUCCAUAUUUAUGCCUAUUCCCAAGAAAGGUGAUCCAACCGAAUGUGGAAAUUAUAGAACAAUAUCAUUAAUAUCACAUGCAAGCAAAAUUUUGCUGCAGAUCAUUCAAAAACGGCUGCAGCAGUAUAUCGACAGCGAACUGCCAGAAAUUCAGGCCGGAUUCAGAAGAGGACGUGGAACCAGGGGUAUCAUUGCUGAUGUCAGAUGGAUCCUGGCUGAAAGCAGAGAAUACCGGAAGGAUGUUUACCUGUGUUUUAUUGAUUAUGCAAAGGCAUUCAACUGUGUGAAUCAUAACAAACUAUGGAUAACACUGCAAAGAACACUUAAUUGUGCUCAUGAGGAACCCUUACAUAGAUCAAGAGGCAGUUGUUCAGACAGAACAAGGGGAUACUGAUUGGUUUAAAGUCAGGAAAGGCAUGCCUCAGGGUUGUAUUCUUUCACUAUACCUAUUUAAUCUGUAUGCUGAACAAAUAAUACGAGAAGCUGGACUGUAUGAAGAAGAACGGGGCAUCAGGAUUGGAGGAAGACUCAUUAACAGUCUGCAUUAUGCCGAUGACACAACCUUGCUUGCUGAAGGUGAAGAGGACUUGAAGCACUUUUAAUGAAGAUCAAAGACCACAGCCUUCAGUAUGGAUUACACCUCAACAUAAAGAAAACAAAAAUCCUCACAACUGGACCAAUGAGCAACAUCAUGAUAAACGGAGAAAAGAUUGAAGUUGUCAAGGAUUUCAUUUUACCUGGAUCCACAGUCAACAGCUAUGGAAGCAACAGUCAAGAAAUCAAAAGACGCAUUGCAUUGGGUAAAUCUUCUGCAAAGGACCUCUUCAAAGUGUUGAAGAGCAAAGAUGUCACCCUGAAGACUAAGAUGCGCCUGACCCAAGCCAUGAUAUUUUCAAUCACAUCAUAUGCAUGUGAAAGCUGGACAAUGAAUAAGGAAGACCAAAGAAGAGUUGAUGCCUUUGAAUUGUGGUGUUGGCGAAGAAUAUUGAAUAUACCAUAUGGACUGCCAAAAGAACGAACAAAUCUGUCUUGGAAGAAGUGCAACCAGAAUGCUCCUUAGAGGCGAGGAUGGUGAGACUGUGUCUUACAUACUUUGGACAUGUUGUCAGGAGGGAUCAGUCCCUGGAGAAGGACAUCAUGCUUGGCAGAGUACAGGGUCAGUGGAAAAGAGGAAGACCCUCAAUGAGGUGGAUUGACACAGUGGCUGCAACAAUGAGCUCAAGCAUAACAACGAUUCUAAGGAUGGCACAGGACCGGGCAGUGUUUCAUUCUGUUGUGCAUAGGGUCGCUAUGAGUCGAAACCAACUCGACAGCACCUAACGACAUAAGGUAUAAAAUGAUACUCGUGAAGAGAGUGCUUCUUAGCUCAAAUAGAUACAUGAGACUAAAUGGGCAGCUUCUGUCCGGAGGUGAGAUGAGAAGGUAGAAAGGGACAGGAGCUGGUUGAAUGGACACAGGAAAUCCAGGUAGAAAGGAGGAGUAUGCUGUCACAUUAUAGCGAGAGUAACUAGGGUCACAUAACAAUGUGUGUAUAAAUUUUUGUAUGACAAACUGACUUGAACUGUAAACUUUCACUUAAAGUACAAUAAUAAAAGAAACAAAAUAUAGGUUUUCAGAAUUAUAUUUUACCUUUGUGCUUGCUUGUACUCUGGGUAUUAAAUUCCAGAUUUAUUACAAAUGUUUAAGACUACACUAUUAUGCUAUGAACAAAAUAAAUUCAGAUACAUGGAUAUUAUUUGACAUUCAGUACCCUGAACACGGGCUAAAUGGACCUUUCCUAAGUAAACGUAUGGAGAUACCGGGGUAAUUUUUCUGUCAAGAGAAAGACUCUCUGUUAUCAGAAGUUCUGAAAACAUUUCGUCCCCUCCUUC